UUUUUCUUUGUUUAUAACAAAGAGAGAAGAAGAGAGUGGGGAGGCGGUAAUGUAAAUGGGGGUAUUUUAGGGAUAUUCUAAAAUGUGUCAUAUCCCACAAAUAUUAAAUGUUAUGUGUUUUAAAAAAAAUAUUAAGUAUAUGUAAGUAUAGAAAAUCAAAUUUCCCACAUGAAAUGACUAUUAUGUCCAUGACAAAUGAGAGCUUGUAAUAGCAGCCAGUUCGUGACCCCCAUGAUCCCAUGAUAUUAUUUCCCCACGUGUCAAAAUGUUACUUACAUUGAUCUUUAUUACUAAAUUAGAACAAACCCAACUCAGACCUCAAGUAAAAACCUCCCACUCAUUCACUCAAAUAACUUCCCACUCACUUAAAAAAUAACCAACUCUUCAUUAUAUAUAAACCCAUUUUUACAAUUACCACAAUUCUCACACUCAAACACAUCUCCAUCCUUGUUAAACAAAACUGUGUCGUUUUGAGUUGAUGAUGAUGAAAAUGGCUUUCAACUCAUCACCUCUCUUCUUCUUCUUCCUCUCUUUAUUUUCUCUUCAUGUUCUCAAUGUCGUUUCUUUCGAAUUCGAAGUUGGUGGAAAUGAAGGUUGGGUCGUACCCUCUUCAAAUGAGACCAAUAUCUUCAAUAAUUGGGCCUCAAAAAACAGGUUCCAAUUGGGAGACACCAUUGUUUUUAAGUACAGAAAAGACUCAGUAAUGGAGGUAACAGAGGAGGACUACAAGAAAUGCAAUUCUAGUCACCCAAACUUCUUCUCCAACAAUGGUCACACACUCUUCAAACUCAACGAAACUCACCCUUUUUACUUCAUUAGUGGGGUUUUUCGUCACUGCCAGAAGGGUCAACAUAUGAUUAUAAAAGUCAAAACUCCAGAAGAAUCUCCAUCUGAUGGUGGUGGUAGUGGUGGAGCCUCCUCUUCUGGUUCAGCACUUGGAAAUGGAGUCUUCUUUUUUCCUCUGUUUUUAAUGUCGUUUGCUGCUUUCGUUGUCGUUUAAUUAUAUAGCUAGCUAAGUUUGAAUCUUUAAUGUUAUAAGUUGUUUUUUCUUUCUUGCUAGUAUGUAACUAUGUUCUUUGUUAUUCGGUUUAUAAUUUAAAUAUAUUGAAUAUUUGAAACACAUAAAUAUAUAUGAACUAAUCAAUUUCAUAA